UUUACUCUAAGCUUUUUUUAUUCGUAACUUUAUUUUAAAUCGAGAACGAUGUGACGUGAACGUUUUAAAAAAUAAAAAUAGUGAAUCUCGAUAAAUGUAUUCGAUUUGUUCGGAUUUUGACUCGGAUUCGGUGAAGUGAACAGAUACAACUAUGAUUUUGUUCGCGUUUCUUCUGGCGGUUUCUACGGCAGCUAUCGUCGAUGUCGUAGAAGAACCUCCGUGCCCGUCAUGCGUCCUAGUGAACACCACGUGCUAUAAUAUAUCGCAUCUCCUAGAACUCGAUGCUCCCUUCAGAAAACGCAUCGUUAUUCACAAGAUAGAUCUCCAGCGAUCCAAGGACGUCCUAUACUUCAGUUUCGAACCCACAUUCGAAGACGAAGAAUAUUACAAGAUCGGCUUCGUGGAUCUAGAGCAACCCGAUGAACAUGGAAUAAUUUCUGGCACUCAGAUACUUAAUUUCGGAACAUUCGACAUAGAUCAGGCAAACAACUUGAUUUAUUUCGGCGGCAGUGAUGGAAUAUUUAUUUUAGAUAACAAUUUGAAAACUUUUUCAUCUUACAGUAGUAGAGGAGAUACGAUAACGAAUGUGUUUUACAAAAAUCAAUUAUAUUUCACGAGGUAUGAAGAUAAAGGCAUUAUUGUGAAGAAAGGCGAUUACUUCCAAACAAUAUUGGAAGAUUGGCCGAUCAGGAAGUUUUUAGUGGUAGAAAAAGAAAACGUUAAUUAUGUUAUUUUCUUAAGUAAUUUAGGUUUGUUUGUGAGUAAAGGUAAUACUGUGCAUCGUAUUUCUAAAAAUGCGUACUUCAGAGGUUUAACUAUGGAUUUAGAUGGAAAUGUGUAUGCCUGGUGGCUGGAUGGUAUUUACAAAGUUAUGCUUUCAAAGAAUGUGGCGUAUUCAACUCUUGUGAGAGUAGCGAAGCUCCCUACUAUUGGUGCCAUGGCUUUUGACAAUAAUAACAACAUUCUUUUCACUUCUGAUAAGUCUUUGUUUAUUAUGAAGCAAACUGAACACAAUAAUUGUGGCGUGGUCAAACCAGCUAAACCGAGAUAUUAAUGAAAAUGUACAUAUUCUUGAUAUUUGGAAACUUUAGAUAAUAAUGUUCAUUGAAAAGCAAAAAAUAUUCAAAUUAUUUUAAUCUGUAUCCCACCGUUUAGUUAGAAACGCAAAGCCACUUUAGCUGUAAGUGUAAUAUAAUAUAACUUGUUGUAUUCAAUGCAAUGUACAUACAUUCUUAAACAAACGCGUGUUUUUGUUUGUAAUAAACUAAGAAAAAAUACUUUUUUACUUUCAGUCGUCGACAAUUUGGGAAUACUUCAACAGUACUGUUGUUAUUUUACUGCUUCAAUCGAUAUCUACACUGUAUUUUAUUACUAAAACUUUAAUUAUUGUAUAAAUUAUUGUUUCUAUUAUUUUUUAAGCUUGUACACUACCUGAGAAUUCUCGAGUAAUUUUUCAUCUGUAAAUGUAGACUCGAAUCUAUAUCUACGUAUUAAUUAGUACAACUGAUGAUCACAGUCUUUGAUAGAUACGUAAUAAUUUUAAGAAGGAGAUAUGUUUGGAUAAAAUUGUAGAAUACUUUCAGAUUAAUUUUGGCACCAUAUUAAAAAUACAAUCAACCUAAAAGCUUUUGUGCAUUCAUUAAUUUUGUAAUUUUAAACGUUCUAGGUAUUUAUAAAAUAUAUUUGUUAAGAACAUAUUAGAAAUUGGCAUACUUUUAUUUUAACGACAUUUUCUUUCACUAUGAAAGUUUUGCUAGUGACAGCCAAUACAUAUAAAAAUAUUUAGUA